AUGUUUGAAACGGAAAUGAGUGUCGAGUAUAAGGCGGAGGCAUUCCUCGAAACGGAGACGAGCUUUGGGAUGCGUGUGUGGCAUCUGCUGUUUCUCUGCUGCGGUUCCGUGCUCGGCGUCGUCAUCAUGCUGUGCUGCUGCAUCCGUUUUCGAAUUCCGCGCACCAAACAGGACAUCGAGGCUGACUAUCACCGCAAAAAGCUGACGCGCAAGUUUCGCGAGCGGCUCGACGGUAUGAACAACGCGGAUAUCGACGAGAUGGAUCUGCUGCGAGCACUCGAGCGCGUGCGGGAGGAUUAUAAGGCGGAGCAGACGGAUAAGGUCACGAGCAGCAACAGCAAGGAGGUGACCGAUAACAAGGAUAACCAGGCAAUCGUUACCGUGUGCGAUAAGGUUUGA